GGCAGAGGCAGAUCAUCAGUGUGUCAGCAGCAGUCACAAUCACAUAGAUCAGCAGCACAGAGCACAUUGCUCCACACAGGGAAGGAGAAACAGAGAGAGAGAGAGAGAGAGAGAGACAGACAGACAGACACGGAAGAGAAGUGAGUGAAAGAGAGACUGAGUGAGGGACGGACGGCAGCACACACUUUAACUUGUACUCUGCGCUGCGGGAUAAUUACCAAAAAAAGAAAAAGAGGCGAAUCUCAAGUGGCCGCAAAGUGUUGGUGAAGAUGCCGCGGGUAGUCCCGGACCAGAGGAGCAAGUUUGAGAAUGAGGAGUUUUUCCGCAAGUUGAGCAGGGAGUGUGAGAUUAAAUACACUGGCUUCAGAGACCGGCCCCACGAGGAGAGACAAGCUCGUUUCCAGAACGCCUGCAGAGAUGGACGGUCAGAAGUGGCCUUUGUAGCGACAGGUACCAACCUCUCUCUCCAGUUCUUCCCAGCCAACCUGCACGGAGAUCAGAGGCAGGUUCCUACGAGGGAAUACGUCGACUUCGAAAGGGAGUCGGGAAGGGUCUAUUUAAAGGCCCCUAUGAUCUUGAACGGUGUGUGUGUGAUCUGGAAAGGCUGGAUCGACCUACAAAGGCUGGAUGGGAUGGGAUAUCUGGAAUACGAUGAUGAAAGGGCACAGCACGAGGACGCUCUGGCUCAGGCCGCGUUCGAAGAGGCUCGACGCAGGACGAGAGACUUUGAGGACAGAGAGCGAUCGCACAGAGAGGAUCUAGAGGACCCUGUGGUUUCUAAAAUCUGGGACUGAUGACACACAGACAGCCAGCAGAAAAGAACAGGUCCAGACGACAGCAGGACCCCAGCCCUGGCUCAAACAUGGCCAACGCUGACAUGGAACACAAGAUGCGCUGAGGAGGAGGAGGAGGAAGUUAUGGAAGGAGGAAGAGUAGAGAACCCGUGCCGGCUGUCCAUUCACUUUCAAUGCAAUCAACUGAAAAAGAGUUGAAUGAAACUGCAGUUGUAGAUCAGUUGUUUCUAACGAUGAAGGUUUCGCGUGAUCAUUUCUACAUGCGACUCGUUUUGUUGUUUUCAAUAUUUGAAUGUAGAUGAAAAUUGAUUGAAUUGAAAGUGAAUAAAAACCCUCGAAAAAAGGGCCGAGGACACAAAGGACCUGGGCAAAAAGUAGUUAUAUGAAUAUUUAAAUGUUGAACACGAGCAGUUAAUGUUACAGGAUAUUGUAGAUGUGACACGGCUUUCACAGAUGUCAUUCAGAUUUAAAAGCUUUAAUAUUUUUUGUCCAGGUCUGAAAGAAAAUCGAUGGAUAGGGCUAGUUUUGCAUACCAAAAUGUAUUUUCUAUUACUAUUACUGUUAAAAUAGAGCGAGAGUGGUUGUAAGAGGGCUUUAAUGUCAUUAACGGGGGAGGGAGGGCAGAAGCUGAAAGAAGCGGUUAAAAGAGAGUUUGUUGUGGCCCGAGGUCACAGCUUACCAGCAUCAAAGGUGUUGGAAAAAGUUUAAAUAAUUAAAAAAAAAGGUUUCUGCAUUGUUCAGUGUUGUGCAACACUUAAUAUUUGCUAGCAUGCCCUUGUUUACCCCUACUAUACCUAGCUCACGUCCUAAAGCCUGCUGUUUUCUGAGACCAAAGUUCACUUUGCUGGAAA